AUGUAUUGCCCACCACGUGGCAGAUCUCCUAGCACAUCGGCCACUUUGUCUCCUUCUCCUUCUCCUUCUCCAAAUGGUACACCUCCAAGUGUAUCUAAUUUGCGCCUUAGAGAUAGCAGCUCUGAGCCUGAGUCACUGCCAUCCAACCAGUCUCAAACCCAUCUUUGUCCUCCUUCACCUGCACCUGCUCCUGCUCCUUCACCUGCACCUGCACCUGUACCUGCACCUGCACCUGCUCCUACACCUGCAUCGGCUCCUACACAGGCACCGAUAUAUCAUGGUUUACAUCCGGGAGAUAGAGAUGCGAUGGGUCAAAUUUUCAUCUUGCCUGAGGGAGCUGGGUUCUAUCCAGAUCACGACACUACAAAAGUCUUGCUGAAUGUUAUUCAGAGGCUUUAUGGCGAUCAUUUUUAUACUUCAUAG